AUGAGCGCGAAGCCGCCCCCACCGUUACUCAAAAAGGGGGGGCCGCCUCUCCCCAAAUCGGUGAAGCCCUUUGGCAAACCAUUCGUCAAACACACGUUCCUCCUGAAGCCAAAGCCAAAGGGAAAGUCACCAGCGGUUAUCGCGAAAGAAAAGUCUGAAGAAACAGUCGACAGUGGACACAAUGAAAAGAGCAGUGAGGACCUCCCGAAGGCGAAAACACUGGAACCAAAAUUUAAGGCAAUAAAGCCGAAAAUAAAAGUCCCCCAGUUGAAGUUUAAGUCAAUGGAUGGGAAGGCAAAGGUAAUGCUUCCUCCCAAGGUUACCUUGUUUGGGGAUAAAGCGUCUGCACUUGGUGACGCUUCAUCGGAGGAAGUGCCUCCAAAAGGAGCAGACCCCAGCCUGGAGGCAGCCAAGUCGAUGAGGUCAAUCAAAUCGAUGAAGUCAAUCAAGUCGAUGAAGUCAAUCAAGUCGACCAUAUCGGGGAUGCUGAAAUUUGAUAAGGCACCCAAGGGAGCAAAGCCAAAAUGGAAGAUUCCAAAUCUGAAGGUCAAAGGAUUAGGAGGAGAGAAGAGUAAUGCGACAGGGGGGGAGAUUCAAAGGAAGUCCAGCAGUGUGGGAUUGACUUUCCAACCGGGAGUAGAAGCAACAGGAAGGGUGGAGGAAGGGGAACAGACAGAGUUGAAAAGAAACGAAUCGAAGGAUAAUGGGUCCCCCGAGGGAAAAGACGAAACAGGAAGAAUCAAGAGGACGCUGCAUAUGAGUAAGUACCUUGACACUGGGAAUGUUGUUAACCAGUUGCGGGGACAAGGAGUGAAAUCACCUCACGUAGUGAAGACAAAAGGGGCAAUUGGGAAAGGGAAAGCGAAUUUUCCCCCACCUCCCUUUGCAAAAGGUACGGAAAAGGAAUCCCAUUCGUUUGCCAAAGAAGAGAACGUCCAGGUGACGCGAAAGUACAGCUCGCACAUGUCCAGUGAAGUAACCAAGGGGGGAGUAGGCGCUCUCAAGGAGGUCCCCCAAAAGGGCAUUCCUCUGAAUAAAUUACCUCUGAAUAAAUUAUCUCCGAAGGGAUCACCUCAGAAAGGGUCACCGCUGAAAGGGUUACCGCUGAAAGGGUCACUGUCAAAAGGGUCACUGCCAGAAGGGUCACUGCCAGAAGGGCCACCUCACAGCAGCAACGUGAACUCCCCCAAUGAGGGGGAACCAAACAGAGCAGGAGAUGCACACGAAGGGACGCACACAAAUACAAUGACACAUUCAAAUGGUAAUAACCUAAUGGUUGGCGUGUCCGAUGCAGCGUGCAGACAAAUGGUGGGUCCUCUAUCGACUUCCAAAACGAGCACACUUGUGAGGGACACACAUUACAUAAAUGCCUUCUCCAGGAUGGAUGGAAAUUACAUGGGAAAAGUUACGGGACCACCAACCCCAAUUGAUUACUACGAUAAGAAACCUCAACACAGUGGAGGACAAAAAGGUUCAGAUAAAAUGACACAAAAUGAACAGACACCACCACGUAGUAUGUUUCCCCCCUUAGGCGCAUCUGGGGAAGGUCCCUACUACAGUGCAAACUUCAUGCCUCUGUGUUAUUACAACGGGGAUACGCUUCAAAGUGGGGUUGGAACUGGGUGUUCCAUGUUUUUCCCUCCUGGGUGGUACUACGUGCCUGUGGGUAGUUAUGGGGAGUCUGGGUGGGUAGACCCCUCAGCAGUAGCAGCGUCAAGUCAACUUCACGCUGAACAAAUGGAGGGAAAAAAUGACAAGUCGAAGAAGAGGGACAACGGAGGAGGUAAACCAGCAAGGGGGCGGGGAAGGAAGCAAAGUGAUACGCUGGUCGCUGCUGGGCAUUUGAAACCGCUGCAGUUUAGGGAGGGAGUCGAUUGGAGCAGCGAGGAUGAGAAAUACCUCAAUGCAGGUGUUUCUAUGGAGGAGGAACGGAGAGAGAGGACAAAGAAGAACAGAAAGGGGAGGGACAAGGAGACUGGAAGCUCCAUUGGGGAUUCCAAGUGGUACGAAAUUGAGCGUCGCCUGAACAAUUGCCGUGGGGUCAUCCAGGGGAGUGAAGAGGAAAACGGUGCAGACCGUGGCUACUACAUAGAUUGCACCGACGAAGACGGUACGGACAGCUGCGAUGAAGAGACGAAGUACUUCGACGGGGUGGGCAGUGAGUACCACUACGAGGGGAACACCGAAGGGGAAGAAGACGACGAAUGGGUAGACGCAAACAGACACGGGAAGAAUAACCCCACAAAGAGAACACGCUGCAGGAACACACGAUGGAAAAACCAUCCUGCGAAUCACUCCUUGGAGGAAAGCUACUCCUUCGAUUAUGACAACAUAUAUAAGAAUUACAAAAUAGGGUACCUGCGGGAUCGGCUGAAGUGGGCGAACGAGUAUCUGCACAGGGGGGGCAAAAAGGACGUUCGUGAGAAGCACGUUCGUGAGAAGGACGCCAAGUCGGGUUCGAAACACCCUACGAAGAAGAACAAAGAACGCCUGGACGAUAUUGCUCAUCUGUUCCUUCCAAAAAACAAGAAACACGAAAGCAUAUUCGACCUGUCUCUAAAUUUCUCCCAAAUUUCAGACAGUGACAAGGAUGACAUAAUUAGCAUGCUCUUCUCGUGCAGGCAGUUGGAAAAGCUCAUUGAAGAGCAACACUGCGUGUUGGAUAUGCUGGACCAUGACUUAAAAGAGGUGAACGAAUCACUGAAGUUACCACCCACAUGGAACAACUUCAGUCACUUUGAGGUGCUCCAAGAAAGCAUACUGAAUGAGGAAAACAACCAAGGGGUGCCUCUUAACAACACUCCUUUUUUUAUUAAAGGGAAGGUGUCUUUGGUUCCUAAGAACUUGGAGUCCUUCUUCGAUAAGCCCUCCGUAUCGGCAGUGGCGGCAGUGCCGAAUGCGUCUGGUGUGUCCACGCCCGGUGUGCCCGCAUCGGGUGGAUACUCACAACCCGUGGAGAGCCCCUCGAACAGCAAGUACAUGCCCAAGUUUGCCAAGGCCAAGGUGAAGCCGAAGGUGUCCCUACUGCUGAAGAAGGGCGCCUGA